CCCAGUCGAUCCUUCACCAUCAGUCUGGUUGAAAAUGACAAUGGUCGAUGAGAAGAGCCAGUGCUCUCAACUCUUUGGGCCUGGUUCAAGUUUGCUCCUGAAAUUCUUGCCUUUUCAGUUUUCAACAAAGUUAUAUUUGAAGUUGGACAAGUGGAUUUCAAUUAUCCCUUUUUCCUUUUUCAAGUCCUGGUAUUGUUUCUGUCGUAGGAGUCCAUCAAGUCCUCCUGAGCUCAGAACUCCGGGCAGAUUGUAGUGUCUUUCGAGAUCGUUCAACAUUAUUUAUCUCUUUGACGUUUAUAUACUCUAUACAAAAAAUCGUACAGUUUCAAUUCUCGUCUUGUAUGGAAAUUUGCUAGUUAUUUUGUCAAGGAAGGAGCGUAGAACGAAGGAGUUGAAGUUGUUUUUGAGUUUUAGUACAGAAUAUUGCUUCAGAUGAGUUUUAUGUAUUUAUUAGCAGUAAGAAGCCUUAUCUUGUAAGCGGUUGUGGAGAGUCAGCCUUUGGGUUAAUAUUUCCAAGAUAUUUUGCUAUUAACCAGUUAGACUCUCAGUUGAGUUUUUCUUUCAGUACACAGAGUUACCUUCUAUAUGUUAGGUUUUUGUCUUCUGUGCCGCUCUAAGUUAGAAAAGAUGAUCUAUAGCUAUGCAAGAUGUUUUGGAGUGUAAACGGCAUUUUGCAUUCUUUGUAAAAUCAUUUCAUUUUCUAGGAUAAUAUACGAAAGUCUUAGGUCCAUCACUGCGUAAUUUUAAUGGUGGUUUGUAUGAUUUGUGCCUUCGACCCUAUUUGUGGACUAUUUU